AUGCUCUUCAGCAGCGCGGAGGAAUGGUUCCAGGCCAUUGGAACGCGCAACUACUCAGCGGUCCGCGCCAACAUCGCUACCUACCAGAAGUCCGUCGACGAACGGGGAGAAACGGGGCUCAUGCGAGCAGUCCGCGCAAAGGACACAGAGAUGGUGCACUUGCUUGCCUCGUUCGAGCAUUCAUUGCGCAACUCAAGUGGGUACACUGCGCUGAUGAUAGCAGCUAGUAUUAACUCGGCGGACAUCUGUCAGAAGCUGGCGCCUUAUGAGAUGAACAUAGCAACUGAAAACAGCCGUAGCGCCCUAAUGAUAGCAGCAAUGGAGGGCUCUAUCGAUGCAAUUAUUAGUCUUCUUCCGUAUCAGAAGUGUCGCGCAGACGUGGAUGGUCGGACCGCAAUGAUGCACGCUGUCCUCAAUCGCCGAUUUGACGCCGUCAAGCAACUGAGUCUUCGAGAAACAGGCUACACCGAUCUCGCUGGAAAGACCGCCUAUGUCCUUGCACUUGAGCUGGAUUUUCAGGAGAUUGCUAAUUUUCUCGCACCGUUGGAAGGCACGUUUCUUUCGGGCGUUCGGAGGUCUCUUGGAUCCAUGGAGCGGCAGUCUGUAGUUUUCAGCAACUUAACCAACACCACGAUUCACAGCUCUAUGUCACCCCAGCCUUCCGUCCAAAGGAGCAGUCAAGCACACACAUCCAUUACCCACACAUCCAACACACACCCGACUACGACUACAGGUUCUGGAGACACUAGCAAGGUUUCCACAUCCCGGGAUUCACGUUCAGACGUUAGGUCUUCUGCAUCACAGCAAUACAGUUCGUCAGUUGAGCCACCGCCCUAUGCAUCCCUCUCCGCCAAAAAGCCAAAAAGUGGGUCAUCCCUUGGUCAUAUUUCCAGUAUGCCACCGCACCGAGCAGGGUCCAACCUUGGGGGGCGGGAGAAAGAUGAUCCUCAACCUGAGUCCUCGAAGACGUCAAGCAUUACGCCUGCUCCAAAUGUCCAGACAAUCAAGGCAGUGUUGCACGGUAAGCCCAAUGAAGUGUCUAUAAUCCGAACUAGCCUUCUCGGCAGAGCUACCGAGUCGGACAAUGAACAUCUCGCGUUGGAAGACUUGUCCACCAGAAGAAGUAUGUCCAUGGAUUCGCGCUCAAGCCUCAUGCAAGCAUACGCAAACACGUUCAGAGAGGUUAACAGUUUACGCCAGUCCAUGUCCGUUCGGUCAUCUCAACUUUCUAGAAGCUCUGCCCACAUCGACGCCCAGCAGCGUUUGCAGUUAGCCUCCACUGUUACAGACAGAAUGGACUCGUUGGAGAUGAAGAUGGUUGCGCUUGUUCAGUCCAAUAUGGAACUGGCCGCUGAAAAUCAAGCACUCAAGGCCCGAAUGAACAAGGGACAUGAUGGCUCAGGAGCCGACUCUAUGGUUUCUCUGGCAGAUACACAGUCGGUAAGCCCCGGGCCUCGCAAGAGCUCUUUAUUUAGCAAACCAGCGGAUACUGGCAACGACCCAUCAGAGGGCGAGGUGCUUUAUGACGCCAGAAACAGUAUACUUUCUGUCAACAUGCCAAAGGCUAUGUCUGUUGCAAGUGGGCGGCGUAGCUCUACGGAUAAAUCGAUGACCACAGGACCUGAUGCUCCUAUGGAGCAGUCCACAGAGUCAAACCCUGUCGACGCUGAGCAAACCAACAAGCUUCUCGUGGACAUGGAGCAAAAGGACAAGGAGCUGGAGCGUUUGACUGCUGAAAACCUUGCGUAUCAGAAACAAAUACUCGAAUUAACAAACAAGUUAUCAUUGACAGCUGGAACACCGUCGGAGAAAUUGACAGAUGUAUACCCUGCUGACUUCUGCCAAGAUAGUGGCAGUACAUCCCUGUCGGACAUAGACAUUGUUUGUCAUGAUUUGUCCGAACAUGUCCCUCCUACGUCGCUCAUGGCACCGCCGGCACUGCCACCUACGACUAGAAUGAGCCAGGAACGCCGCAUUUUGGAACUCGAGUCACAGAAGGAGGCAUUGGCAGAAGAAGUUGCACGGCUUGAGCAUCUACUCCAUCAGAAAAUAGCAGAGCAAUCCCUGAUGUCUUCGCAGAUUGGAAAGACCCAAAAUAACGAGGCCACAGAAAUGUCCUCCCCUACCCUUUCCGAAGCCGACCCUAUGGAUAUGUGUCAGGACCAGGAGCCGGAGAGCGUACGCCACCUACAGAGCAGUGCAGACUCAAAGCCUUCUGAACAGGAUCGAGACGCUCUCCAACGGUCUGAGACGUCCUGCCCACAAACACGUGACUUCGGACUCUGCACGGAUAGACUUUCAGAGCCUCAUGAGACUUCAUUGCUUUCUUAUAGACAGAGCAAUUGCACCACUGGUGCACUUGAAAGGGACGAAAGAAUGGUCUAUGAAGAAAGAAUUGAGGAGCUGGAAGCUCAGCUAAAGAUGUAUCAGAAGGACGUUGUUGAUCUGACGAAAGAAAACGAUUUGGACACUGAAGCGUUUACACAAAACAGAAUAGACUCUCCGCAAGGAGAAAUAAGCUUAACCGAAGAUGACACGGUAGAAACACUGCGUCAGAAGGUUACAGAGUUGAAGAUUGAAACUAAGAAGCUACGGGCGAAUUCGCGGAUCGCAGAAAGGCGUUUAGAAAAGGUGGAGUCUAUCAACGAUGACCUUCUAGACAUCGUCCAAGCCAAGGAGAAUGAGAUCAUGGCGUUGCAAAUAACGCUAGACAAAGCGUCGACUAUUGUUAGCCCGAAGUUUGUUACAUCUCGCUUGGGCCUGACAGAGAUGAGCUUGGAACGAAAAGACAUGAUGUCCACCGCUUCUGCAAGCUAUAUCUCCGAUAACUCCACACUCGCAUUCGGCCAGCAUGGCGCACCAACAACACAGGCCAUUCAAAGCAUGCUGGGCAUAUCAGAUUCAAAACUGAAUGAGUCGCACGAGUUCCUUGAGCAGCGAGACGUGCCGCAAGAGCUUAUGGGGCCAACCAAUCAACAACGAAACAUCAAAAGUACUCCAAACCCAUUCAGUCCAUUUGAUUAUCGAACGAACAUAAACACGCGCUUUUUCGGAGACAGAUUGAACGUAAUGUCUGCCAACAAGCGGAAGGUCAUGAGCGCAGAAAUCGGUUCUAGAACUAACGCACAUCCUCUGCGUGCCCCGACUAGUGCCUUUGGGACUCCUGCCCCGUUCGCUGGCGGCACAGCCCAGAGCCCAAAGAGAUCUCAGAGCGCAACCACUGGCGCCAAGAGUGGUACUAGGUUAGAUGGAACAGCAUCACGCAAGGGUGGCGGACGACCAAGCUCGGGCAUUACUACAUGGAGAGACGACCUGUCCAUCAAUUAUACAACAAGGGAUAUGUACCACAGCACCCAUUCUAUCAGUGACUUAUCCGUUAAUAGCCCCGAGAAGGUCGAUGAAACGCUCCACAACCUUCAUGUGUCUAUCGUGGAUUGUGUCCGUGCGUCUGUGGACAAUCCCGAGGAGCGCGCCUCUCUGGGAUCAACACAUCAUGAGCAGGAUCUGAGUACUGAUGCGCUGAAGCUCAUGGAGAAGCUAGAUUGCUAUCAGAACGAUAUUACUGAGUUCACCGAAAAGAAUGCCAAGUUGAUGGAGCGGUUGGAUAAACUAGAUACAGAGUACCGGGAGCUUAGUGUAAUACACCAGGAGCUCGUAAAUGCAAAGAAGGUUAAGGAAGAGGUUAUCACAUCACUGGAACAGCUGAGCAGCCAGGCAUCUCGUCGCGGAUCAUCUGUUCGGGCAUCAGAAACAGGACUGGUAUGA